CGCGGCGCUUCGCCUAUACCCUGACUGCACAGCACUGCUACGAUUCACAAUCACUGAGUUUUGUGUGGUUGCACAGGCGCCGAGCGAGCAGAGCAUUCACAACUGCCGGCUAACGAUGCUCAUGUCUUGCAUCCCAGCUGCUGGAAACACAUCUACUACUGCCUCUGUGCUGGAGAGCUGGAGGAGGUGGUCUUUGUGACCUUUCUUUUUCAGUCCACUCGACACGAUUCUCUCGUUCUGGUCUCAGGAGCUGCAGCCUCGUAAUUCUGCACGAAGAUGCUGAGUCGAUUGAUGAGCGGCAGCAUGAGGACCCUGGACAGAGAAUACAGUUGUACAGUUAGGCUGUUGGAUGAUACAGAAUACACCUGCACCAUUCAGCGGGAUGCAAAGGGACAUUACCUGUUUGACCUCAUCUGCCAUCACCUAAACCUGUUAGAGAAGGAUUACUUUGGAAUCAGAUUUGUGGAUCCUGACAAGCAGAGGCAUUGGUUGGAGUUUACAAAGUCAAUUGCCAAACAAAUGAAAUCUCAGCCACCGUUCACCAUGUGUUUCCGAGUCAAGUUCUACCCUCCUGACCCAGCUACUCUGAAAGAAGAAAUAACCAGAUAUUUAGUCUUCCUGCAGAUCAAGCGAGAUUUAUACCACGGUCGCCUGCUGUGCAAGACUUCCGAUGCUGCGAUGCUAGCCGCCCAUAUCCUGCAAGCUGAAAUCGGGGACUAUGACCCUGGGAAGCACCCUGAGGGCUACAGCUCUAAGUUCCAGUUCUUCCCCAAACACUCUGAGAAGCUGGAGAGGAGGAUCACGGAGGUUCAUAAAACAGAACUGAGCGGGCAGACGCCUGAUGCAUCAGAGUUCAACUUCCUCCAGAAAGCCCAGAUGCUGGAGACGUACGGCGUGGAUCCCCAUCCCUGUAAGGACGUGUCGGGAAAUCCAGCUUUCCUGGCCUUCACUCCUUUUGGAUUUGCAGUGUUGCAGGGAAACAGAAGGAUCCAUUUUCUAAAGUGGAACGAAGUGACGAAGCUGAAGUUUGAAGGGAAGACAUUCCAUAUAUAUGCAAAUCAGAGGGAGGAUAAAAAGAUCAUUUUAACUUACUUUGCACCGACACCUGAAGCCUGCAAGCACCUCUGGAAAUGCGGAGUGGAAAACCAGGCCUUCUACAAGCUGGAGAAGUCAAGUCAGGUGCGCACGGUGUCCAGCAGUAACCUGUUCUUUAAGGGAAGUCGGUUCCGAUUCAGCGGCAGAGUUGCAAAAGAAGUGAUGGAGCAAAGUGCAAAAAUCAAACGAGAGCCUCCUGAAAUACACAGGGCAGGGCUGGUGCCCAGUCGGAGCUGCCCCUCUAUCACUCACGGGCCUCGGCUCAGCAGCGUCCCCCGAACUCGCAGGAGAGCUGUGCACAUCUCAAUCAUGGAAGGUCUGGAAUCGCUGCGUGACAGCGCCCACUCCACCCCGGUGCGCUCGGCUUCGCACGGAGACUCCUUCAUGCCCCGCUCCCGGAGCCUCAUGACGGACAGCAGCGAAGGGGCGGCUAUCAUCUCAGACGAGGUCUACAGCCCCUCGGACAGCGUGCUCCCCACGCCCGUGGCCGAACACAGCCUAGAGCUGGCCAUCUCGCGGCAGAUCAACGGCGCCCCCUGCAGCAUUGAGGAGGAGAAGGAGUCCGAGGCCGGCACCCCCAUAGUCAGGGAGGCGGUCGAGUUCGGGCCCGAUGGCAAAGCCCUGAGCUCGGAUAGUGCUGGCGGGGCAGGGCCGGGGUCUGCGUGCGAGGUGGAACAGGUGAAUACGUUUGUUUUAAGUGUCCUCCGUUUACUCCUUGUGACCAUUGGACUCCUCUUUGUCUUGCUCCUUCUCCUCAUCGUUCUUACCGAGUCUGACCUUGACGUUGCAUUUUUACGUGAUAUUCGGCAGACCCCUGAGUUUGAGCAGUUCCAUUACGAAUACUUUUGUCCCCUCAGGCGAUGGUUUGCCUGCAGGUUCCGCGCCCUGGCCGGCCUGCUCAUUGACACGUGAAGCAGGGCUCGGGGUUAAAGCAGCUGCCCCCGAUCGGAAAUCAAGAAGAUAACACACUGCUGCCUGUUUCCACCACAGCACGAUGGAGCGCGGCACCAUCGGAACAUGAAUCCAGCUUCUUUCAUGAUGCAACAAAGCCAACUCGCCAUGGAAGAGUCCAGGGCCGAUUCCACAAAAAAAAAAAAAAAAAAAAAAAACGUUUUGUUUUUUUAUUUUUAAAAGAGGAAAAAAAAUGGAUUGACCGAUUUUUCCAAAUUUCAGGUCAUUUCAGGAAUUAAUUUUUCAAAAUGGUGCAGUUCCUUUUGAAAGCAUUGUUAUUUUUUGGAGAAAAAAAAAAAAGAUGCCUUCUUUAUUUUCUAUUUAUUCAUUUUGAUUGAAAAUGUGAUUUACUUUUACAACAUGUUAAGCAUACAAAACAGAGCCAGAGAUGCUUAUAUAUUUCAAGUGUGUUGUGACUGUGGUUUGAGCAGUAAUGGAAAAAAUGAGGUUUAAAAUUGAAAGAAAAAAAAUCAUGUUUUAUUUUCAGCGGAGUGAGGAACUCCCAUUUUAAAGUGAUUCUGUGGAUUUUUUUGGGGGCUUUGAAAGAGUGACCAGAUUUCAGGUUACAAGCUACUAACACCAACAUGAUUUCUUUCAGGUGUUUUUCAAGGUUGCAACGAAGUUAUGAUCCAUUGAACACAAUAUUGAAGGAUGCAGGAGACUGCAGCGUGGGGUGGGGUGUCUACACCCACUGAAACGCUGGGCUGUGGUACUGAGCUUAAUAUGUUCAUUUAGAAUCGCCGUAUAUAAUACCAUGUGUUUAAUGAAUGAAUCAAUUACAACAGCAGGGUUAGCUUGUUAGAGGAGGGAGGGGGCGAUAGAUGUUUUAAACUGGUCCUCUAUUCACUGGCUUUUAACUGUGAGGUUAAACUUUACUUUCAUAGAAUUCAAUUAUGUGUAGGCAGUAGCAAGCUAUGUAGUAGAACUCAGAUUAAAAAUAAAUUAAUAAUAAAUAAUAAUAAUAAAUAAUAAUAAUAAUAAUAAUAAUAUAAAAUGGUGUACUGUUGUGUGAUCUAGCAAUGUCAGUAACUGGUAGAAAAGUGGUGACGGUCAAUCCCUUACGAACACUCACUGGCAUAUUUAGAUCCAGUUUAGCUUGUCAUGCAGAUAACAGAGCUAUGAAAAAAAAAAUCAAACCUUCAGUUUAGUGCAUUGUUUAAAAAGAUGUUAAAAAAGUAGGCAGUGAAUAAAAUACAGUACAGUGGUUACUCAUUGGUUUAAUCUGGGGGGUUUAACUCAACAGCAACUGUAAGUUUGUAAUUAUGAAAAGUUUUGCCUAAAAAAAAUUGAAAAGAAAAAAAAAAUGAAAUGCUGCACUUUUUGUACUAGAACGAGCUGUUUCGUAAUAUAUUGACUGUUUUUUUUUCCUUGUAUAUUUUAACUAACUGAAAAUGUUAUUUUGUUAUUCAAAAUGAAAUUCUGCCUCUUAGUUUUUAGCUCUUAGUGGUGGAUCAGGUGUGAGAUAGCAUUGAUAACGGAGAGGAGUAAACUGAGACAAGGGUUUACCCAGAUUCAUUGCUGACAGGGUUCCAGCACUGGUAUUGCAGUCACUGCCAGUCACUUGGUUACCAGCACGACUUAGCAAUGAGAACACACCCAACACCAACUAGCAACCGCAGCUGUUUGACAGCAAAUGCCAGUUAAUGGAAUGUUUUUGGGUUAAAUUUACAGUGAAAGGGACAUAACUUGCACUGGUAUAACGAGUUCAGUAUCAGCUGAAAGUCCACAAAAGCUUUAUGUCUGGCAAGGCUAUUUCCUCCAAUAAACCCAAAGUCAAAUCCUAGAAAGAGGAAAACAAAGCAUAAGAAUGUUACUCAGCUCUACUGCAACUAAACUGAGCCCCUUUCCCUGCAAAUAAAAACUGGGUAUAAUGCAAUCUGUGCAUAUGAAGCAGGUUUUAGUGUUUUAAUCACUUGCUUUUUAAAACGUACAGUACUGUGUGGGGUCCUGGUAAUUGCAUAUACUGUAGAUAGAUGCAAUGCAAGUAUAUGUUUUUCUAUCAGUUAACAGAAAACUUUAUAUAAACUGGUAUGGGGCUGCUGUGCACUUACUGCAGGCGUGCUGCAGUUUUAAGAAUCAAGCCCACAGUUCAUGGGGAAGCAGUAACCAUUUUAGCUUUUGAAUGCUGGAUAAAUCCCUGAAGUAUUUGUGUGUGUAUUAUGAAAAAAAAGUUGAUAAGUUCAUUUCUAAUAAUUUAUAGAAGUAUUAGAGCUUUUUAUUUUUAAAAUGACUACAGGAAGUGCUAUUUUUUAAAGAAAACAAGUGUGGCAGAAGGGGGGGUGGGGGGGGGGGGGGGGGCAGAUGAGGAGUUCUGGGAUAUCGAGGAAGGUUGUACUGCCUUAUAUUCUGGCAAUAUGAAAAAGCAACUACUGGAAUGGGGUCCAAUGUGCACGUGUGUUGCUCAUAAUGGGGUCCAAUGUGCACGUGUGUUGCUCAUAAUUUCAUAGAACAGCCCCAUGUAGCAGAAAUCCCCUUUGCCUAAAGCCAGACCGCAUUCAAUUCUGAGCCUGUCAGUUCUGAAAGUCAACGAUGGCCCUGGCCAGUACUGGAGCUCAGAGGUGCUGUUGUCAGCUCAGUAGAGGCCCCUCUCCUCAGGACAGGAGCUCCAGUAAUGCCCUGGCAUGGGUUUAGGUGGCACUGUGCUACAGAUCCCUUACUGGGGAUGUUCACCCUAACAGAGGUCAAGCCAGCCUGGUCAGUUCCCCUUAUUCUCCAUGCCUGGGCUUGGGGGUGAUGAUAGGUCACUGUGUACUCUGUGACUCCCCAGGGGAGCCUGUCUCUGAGUAUCCUACACCCGCUUUACAUGACUUCAUCGAUAGGGUCGCUGUUGAAAGUCACCAAGUUCAUCGGGUAGAGCCGUACCUGCUUGUCUGCUGCCCUGAACGUUCUCUUAUCACAUGACCAGAGCUGCAGCACCUGUUUCUACUCUCAGAGCUGUUCUAUGCAGUAUGAGCAGUGUGUGUGUGUGUGUACCCCAUGGUUAUGACAAAAAGGCAUUAAAGGUGUACUAACCAAGGCUUUUUUAAAAAAAAGUGAUCUAUUCCUUUAAGUGUGUCAACAAGAUCCUUAUAAUUUUACUGUUGGUAUUUUUGUUUCCCAGACUCAGUUGGACUCCUAUGAAGCCCGUUUGUCCUGCCACAUUGCUCUUGUGUUACAGAUAACAGGACCAUAUAGUUUAGUAUGGGCUGCAGAUGGGCCCUAUUAUAUGUAACUCAGGAAGUGAACUUAUAGCGUUGUGGUAAGAAAUAAUUGGAUUCAACUGAACUGAUAAAUAUCAACAGCAAAACAGCAAAGGACAUUUUGAAAAUGCAGUUGAGACUAAAUAAAAGCUUUGGUUAUAAAAAUAACCCAUUAAGAACAGACAAAACCCCUUGAUUUAUUUAAAUAUGAAGUUUAGAUCUUAAACAAUGUUACAGCCAUUCAAAAUGUUAAACGGCUUUGAAAACGUAAUUAUUUGAAAGCAAAAAUAUGUCAUUUAAAACUGACCGGCACUUUUCUUAUUCAAUGCUAAUGGAAACACAGAUGGAAACCAACCAUGAACUGAAUGUGAAGAAGCCAAGCAGCUGUCCCGGUUCGUGUUUCAUUUUCUUUCUGCUCUUGUUUGAUGACUGGGCUCAGUGAAAUUUCAAGACACAAGACGACCGGAUCCUGAAGGAAACAAAACACCCCCGAGAUUGUCGCCGGUCUAGUUUUCUGUAUUGUGUUCCAAAAAAGCAUCAUGUAGCGUCAAUGUCAAAUUACUUCAUUCUGUGCUGCUCUGAAAAUGUGGACUAAGUCAUAAGGCGGAGCUAUUCAAAAAGCAAUAAAGAUGUAAAAAAAAAAAAAAAAAAGCAAAAUCUCAAGCUGUGGUUGACACAGGCUGUGCUGUGCAACAAUCUGAGGUAGUUUUCUUCACCACACUAUGAGUCUGAGUGUUGCUUCUGGAAUGCCAAAGCACAUUCGCACCUUGUCUGUUUAUUUCAGAGACGUACUGGACACCCAAUUGAUGUCUGAUGGAUUUCAGUCGAGGCGGUUCACUCAUUUUAUAUUUUACAUAGUUUAGCAAGAUGGUUUAAACUGUAUUUGAGGUUUGGUAUUUUACCAGAAACAUAUGCAACCUAAGUUUACUAUUGUUUUGUGCUGUUGUUGAAACUACAGGUUUUUGGUGUUGUGUUCCUACCUCAGCUUGUAGUAAAUUGCCAUUCUAUGCAGCGAGUGAAAAAUCCUCCCUAAACCAUGAUACACGUUUACUUACAAUAAGCAAAGAUGCAGUGGCUCUUAGGCUAGUUACAAGGUGCAUGUCAUAAGCUUUGCCUGCCCAAAAAAAAAAAAAGUAUAUUUUUCUGUCGAUAGCCUGCAAGCUUAAAAUCUGAUUGGCAAAAAAAAAAAAAAGAUUUGUAGUAACUUGAUUGACAA